GACACAUAAAAGUUAAUCGCGUCCAAGUUUAUAGUUCGUCUAACAUGUAAAGAUCGAUAAGAAAAUGCAAACAUUGCAUAUUUCAUUUCAAACUAUUGAUUUGCGCUGCAGAUUUGACCUUCGGAGUGGAUUGAUGGCCGUAUAACAAACGAGUAAAGGUGUGUUUUAAAUAGUGACAUAGGAAGGAAGAAGAAACUUGCAACGGGACAUUAUGGCUUCAACGAGUGACGGUGGGCGUACUGUAGAGAUUGAGUUCUCGUCUAUGAAACAGCCUCCAUUAAUAAAACAGCUAAAGGGAAUUCUCUCAGAAUAUCCGGACGGAGGUCAGAUUCUAAAGGAAAUUAUUCAAAAUGCCGAUGAUGCUGAAGCAGUUGAAGUGCAGAUAGUUUAUGAUGGUAGGAGAAUAAACAAUACGACAGGGGAGGCUACUCCAGCUUACAACAGAUUUUUUAAGGGACCAUCCCUUUGCAUUUACAACGAUACAGUGUUUGCGGAGAAAGACUGGGAUGGCAUAAGAAUGAUCUACAGUACCGUCAAAGAGGACGACACCCUCACAGUUGGUAGAUCUGGUCUGGGUUUCAAAUCUGUCUUUCAUAUAACUGAUUAUCCAUGUGUGAUCAGCGGUGAUAAGAUGCUCUUGAUAGACCCCCAACAACCAUCGGAUAAGGUAAAUGCAAUGAUUAACCUGGACGAUAUUGAACAACUGAAAGACAAAGGUCUAAAUGCUAGAGCAUUUUGGGAAGCUUUGGAUAGUAAUUUUGGAUUUAACAGAGCGUGUGUUCAGAGAGGCUAUUUCAAAGGCACAAUAUUUCGGUUUCCACUUCGUGAGAGGAAGUCAGAGAUAUCAGAAAAUGUGUAUGAUGAGGCAAAAUUAUUGGAUCUAUUCGAUGGGUUUCAGACUGAAGCUUCAAGUAUACUUCUGUUUCUAAAGAAUUUGCAAAGAAUUUCUGUUUCUACAAUUGGAGCAGAUAACCAGAUGAAAGAAAUGAUGAAAACUGAAAUCGACGAUAGCUCAGGCAAACUUAAAGAACGUAAAGCGAAAUUCAAAGAAAAGUUUAAACUUUUAGCCAUCGGUUAUAAAUGGGAAGACAUUACAGUGGACCUUCAGAUGACGAUUAGAACAACAAUAAACGGAAUUUGUGAGUGUGCUCAAUGGCAAGUAGUCAAUUACUUCGUAGGAAAUAGUGCUUCAUCUGAUUUCAAAAGACUCAUACUAGACGAAGAUCUCGGAUACAGUCCGUAUGUUGGUGUGGCAUCACCACUGAAUGAAGCAAAGACCCGUUUUGAAGGUCACGUUUUCUGUUUUUUGCCGAUACUACGUAAAGGGUCAAGACUAACAGGGUUGCCUGUACAUGUCAACGGCUGCUUUGCGUUGAGUCAAAACAGACAUGAUUUGAAGUGGGAAACAGAUGAACAGAAAGGAAAUGAGAUUGACGAUAAGAACAUCCAAUGGAACAAAUAUCUCAUCAAGGAAGCACUGCCAAGAGCAUAUAGUAGGUUAGUACAAUGUGUCGUGGAUGUUUCUAAUAAUCUUGGAAAUACUGACGAUUCCGUUGCUGUCGUUUACAAUUGCCUACCUCUGGCUUCAAGUACUGAGAACAAAUGGAGAGUACUUGAAACGGAGCUAUACAAGAAGAUUAAAAAGCUACGUUUCUUUUACUCAAAACAUCAGAAUAAAUGGGUAACCAUGGCUGACGUGACUUUUGCAUCCUUUGACGAAUUACCCGAGGACUACAAGCACGUCCAGAACGCAGUGAUUCGAUGUCUAAGUCUUAUUGGGGAGUUACCCGUAGAAAUGCCUUCUGAGGUUUUACAGAAUUUGCAAAAGCACUAUACAGCUAUCAAAGAUCUUACUCCAGAAUUCCUGGCAAAACUGUUACGUCAAAAUGCUGCAUACACAAACUUGUCGAAUUCAGACAAGUUAGACGUUUUAACGUAUUUGUGUUCAGAGGGAAGAUACCACCAAAUGGUCGAAGGUCUAGAACUUCUACCUCUGGCACGCGGUGGCUGGACGAGCUACAGGUCUCAGCCAGAACCUGUCUACAUGUGUACUGAUGAAGAAGCAGAGAUCCUGAAAGGUAUAGACAAUAUAAUGACAGUACAACCUUCCUCCCUUGGCACAACAAUGAUGCAUCAUAUGCACCAGAUUUGUUCAAAAGAUCUGUUUCAAAUAAAGAAACUAACAGAUUCAGACUUGGCAAUACUGCUGGAUUCGACAAUACAAGAAGAAUUUGAGGCAUCAUUUUGGAUUCCUGAGGAACCAUUGACAACGAAAAUACACGCAUUGCUUUGCGUUGGUUACACAGAUUGUCUCUCUGUUCCGAGAGAGCUCAUACAAAAUGCAGACGAUGCCGGUGCUUCUGUUGUAAAAUUUCUGUACGAUGAAAGACAGAACAACGACAGCAAACAAACAGUUUUUAGCGAAAGAAUGAGAUCGUUUCAAGGGCCAGCUCUGUGGAGUUUUAAUGAUGCUCGAUUCUCUACCGAUGACAUGAACAACGUUGCUAAAAUGCAUGCUUCUACUAAGAAACCAGAUGUUAGAAAAAUCGGACAUUUUGGACUUGGGUUCUGUUCGGUAUAUAAUCUGACUGAUUUGCCAAGUUUUUUAUCUGGAUCCAGUCUUGUGUAUUUCGAUCCACAUGGAAAAUAUCUUGGUAAUUUUAGUAGCGGAACCCGAACUGGCGUGAAAUUCCGACUUCCAAAUAAAACCCUUGUUUCGACGUACAUUGAUCAGAUUAUGCCGUACUCUGGUAUAUUUGGCUGCAAUAUUGAACAAGACGACUUUAAAGAGUAUAAUGGAACGUUAUUUCGACUUCCGCUUCGGACAGAGAAGCAAGCUGGAGAAAGUUGUAUAUCAUCAGUAUCUUACACAAAGGAAGAGAUGGUAACACUACUGCGGAUGUUUGUCAAAACAGCUGGAAAUUUCCUCCUCUUCACGCAGAAUGUCAAAAAGAUUGAAAUAUAUCAUCUGUGCGAAAGUGCAACAACUACAUCUGAACAAAAGCUUCUUUAUAUAGUAGAAAAAAACAGUGUGAAAUGGGACCAAAAUGUUACUGGGUCAAUUGAUAAAAGUGUACUGGCAAGAAUUCCAGAGGUAUUAGAAAAAACAUGCAACUUUCGAGAAAUACACAAGUCAGCUAUUCUGCAGACGCUAACAGAAAAUGCUAGAAGAACUAUACCUGACCUCGAUGUUAGUGCUAACUACUUAGAAACUACAUGGAUAACCUCUUGGGCAAAAGGGGAUGGUAAAUCAUUACAAAUGUACAAAUAUGUGUCUUCCGAAGUUGCCGCUCCACUAUCAGCAGUCGCCAUACCUUGUACUGAAUCAAACGUACUGACACUUAUGGAGUUGAAAAAUCUACCAUUUGGUUUUUAUCAAGAAGGUCAUAUAUUUUAUUUUUUGCCUUUACCUUUGAAAACAAAAUUACCCGUACAUAUAAACGGAUGUUUUUCUGUGACAUCAGAUCAUCAACAACUAGCCUCUCUCACAGAAGAUGAUAAGAACAGUAACGGGAACAUAUGGAAUGUUGCUCUAAUGGAAGAUUCCCUAGCUGAAGCAUUUCUUUAUCUAAUUCAAGCACUGGCAAGUUCCAAAAUAAAAGUGAAUUCUGGCUACAAGUACUUUGAUCUGUGGCCAGUUAAGUGUGCACCAAUAGCGUUACCAUUUAGAGAAAGCUUCUACAGGGCAAUCAUUGAAAAGAAUAUAAAAGUGUUUAAAGGAUAUCAAACAUGGGUUUCGUUUCAGAAUGCAGUUUUUCUGGAUCCGGAUAUAUAUGAAAGUGGUUUCGGAGAACUAGCUUUUGAGAUUUUAUCUCAUUUUCCACCAAGACGAGGAAAGACGCUUAUUGAAAUGCCAAAGCAAAUUAUCGAAAAUAUCAGACAGAGCAACAGAGGCCUUGAACACUUCAUUUCGUCAGCCCAGAUAUGUGAAAAAGAGUUCUUUCUAGCAUUUCUGGAAACACUUUAUUCAGAUUUUUGGAUCAGUCGUCUGGAGGAACGAAACAAACUGAUCAUAGCUGCAUUAGAAUGUCGCACCGAUGAAGUUGAAAAGGAAAUGCGAAAUAUCAAAUGCAUUCCGAGUGAGUCUAAAAAUGUUUUAGCCAGAGCGUCAGACCUAAUUCACCCAGACUUGCCUUUAGCAUCUCUAUUCAGUAACAGUGAAGAAGUAUUUCCACUUAAUACAAGGGAGUUUCGGACGGACAGUAUUCUAGCAAAAUUAGUAGGUCUUGGAAUGAAUGCAGCUAUUCUUCCUUGUUCGCUUUUGAUUGAUAAAUGGGAAUCUGUUUCCACACUUGCAAGCAAAUGUGGUAUCUGUGCACACGAAACCUUUGUAAAUUUGAUGCGAUAUUUUUCGCAUGACCUUGUCUUAAGGGAACUUGAAAAAGACAAAUUUACUGUUGGAACAAUUACUGAUCAUUUAAUGUUUCCUGUUUUAUCAAAACCAACAGGAUGGAAGUUUUCAUGGAAGGCCGAAUCAGACAUAAGACAGCUUAAGAUUUGUAGUGGGAGCCAUACUUGCAACAGACACAGGCGUGUGAAGGACCAAUUUUUAUUUGGAAAGUCAAAGAAUUUAUACAGACAAAGCACAGCUGAUUAUAUCGGAAUAGUAGGGUAUAUGGUGGAUGAGAGCUAUAUUUUCAAUUUAAAAGUGAAAAGGAAUAGCAGCGAAAGAGUAUUGAAGUUGUUGGGAAUUAAAGAUGUAGAUGAAGUUCCAGUGAACAUUCUAUCAGCGCAAAUACAGCAACUUUCAAAAGAAUAUACAGACAAGAAAGAACAAUUUGAAGAUGUUACGAGAAUACACGGCAAGAUAUUUAAACAUCUUGAGAAAAAAAUGAAAUUGUCCGAAAUACCUGAAUCAGAGAAGCAAUCAAUAGAUAUUCUACGAAAUUGUAGGUUCGUUUUGAUAGGAGAUGAACUAUUGAAUGCACAAAAUGUGUCAUUUAAUGUCAAAGAAGAAUACAGACCGCACUUAUAUCGACUUCCUGAAAUUGACAAACUGAGUAAAAGUACUGUUUAUACCUAUCUAGGCGUAAGACAGCAUUUCAGCGUGGAGAUCAUCAUUGAAGUUAUAAAAGCAAUAAGGCAGACAGGUGGAAAGAUACAAGACGUAGAGACAAUGAAUAAAUUGCUAAUAAACCUUGACGAGAUUAUGCAAAAUGAUGGUAUAACUUAUGAGGAAUUGAAAGAAUUCCAUGACGAAAUUGUAGCACCAGAUAUUAACUGUAUGCUCUGGCCUACACAUCAGCUUGUUUUUGAGAAUAUAGAAGACAACACAAGUAUGUCAAUGAAUAUUCUUCAUCCAUCUGUUUCACCAACUGUCGCAAAACGACUUGGUGUAAUGGUGAAUCAACUUCAAGAUUUUGAAGAUUUAUCAAAUGAAAUCAUUUUAUUUGGUCAGCAUGAAACGUUAGCAAUGAGAAUAAACCAUCUCUUAAAGGCAUGGCCCUGUAACUCGAAUAUUAUGAAACAGUUGCUACAAAACGCUGAUAAUGCAGGUGCAACCGUAAUACAUUUUGUGAAGGACUAUCGAAACCACUCUACGAAAAGACUUUUCCAAACUUCAUGUGAAGUACUGCAGGGUCCCUCAUUGUGUGUGUAUUACAACAGUUACUUUACCAAGAAAGACAUCGAAGGAAUAUGUAAUCUUGAUCAAGGAAGUAAAAGCGACGAUCCUACAAAGAUUGGAAAGUAUGGAUUUAAUGUCGUCUAUCAUUUGACAGACAUACCGUCGAUUGUGACUAUAGGGCCGGAUGAUGCAAAUGGGGGGUUGAUGUUUAUAUUUGAUCCACUAUGUAAAUAUGUACCUCAAGCAACAGUACAGUCACCUGGGAUUAUGUGCAAAAUAUCUGACGUUGAAACCAACUUCCCCGACCAUAUGCUAGGAUUUUCCAUUAGUGAAUUAAUUAAGGGAGACGUUGGUACAGUGUUUCGUUUUCCCCUUCGCAAAACGUCAUCUGAUAUCAGUGAAGAAGAAAUAACUACUUCAAGAGUGGAUGACAUUCUGCAUUCUUUUGAAAAUGAUAUGUCCAAGUCUGUACCUUUCUUGGAAAACAUCAGCUGUAUCAAGGUUUUAAAUAUAACAUCUGGUAAAUUGGUGGAAGAGUAUUCAGUGAAAGUAAAAUUGUCAAUGGCAACUAGGAAGGAGAAAAAAACAUCGGAGUGUGAUCGAAGUGAUGUUCACCCGAAUCCAGGACCAGAAUCAGUUUCAUCAGACAACAUGUCAACAUCAAUGUACUCUGAUCUUCUCAAUAGUGGUUUAAGCAUUAUGCACCUUAACAUCCAAAGCCUGAAACCCAAACUAGAUAUUCUUGCAGCUGAAUCUCUCCCUUACGACAUCAUGUUCCUUACAGAAACAUGGCUAAGCCAUGACGUGAUUAAUGAAGAUGUUCUCAUUCCCGGCUUUAGUCAACCUGUUCGAUGCGAUCGUGACGACAGAUUAGGUGGCGGUGUGGCGAUAUACGUACGCCAGAACAUUAACGUUACGCAUCGCCAAGACUUAUCGGUCAAUGGUCUCGAAGCUGUAUGGAUAGAGUUACAUGUAAAUAAUCGUAAACUUCUUUUAGGCGGUAUAUACAGACCUCCUAGUGCUAAUAACAACUAUUGGCAACUUCUAGAACAUACUAAAGAAUGGUUCAAAUUGGCCAAACAGGUAACCAAAAAGGAUUCCUCAAAAUCUGCCCCGAACUUGGUAAGUGGCAAUGCUCAAGCUUCAAGUGAUGUAGACAAAGCAAACUUAUUAAAUCAAUAUUUCUGUUCCCAGUCAUCCAUAGACGAUACAGGUCACGAGUUACCAAAUAUCCCUGUCAGUAGAUGCUCAUUUCAGGACAUAUCUAUAUCAGUCCAAGAUGUGAUUGACAAUUAUGGCUUGUGGAUUUUAACCCCCAAAAAACUGAAACUGUUCUAUUCUCUAGGAAGAGAGAUCUCUGGAAAGAAUGUAUUUUCAUUCGUUAGGCCUCUUCUUGAGUACGGAGAUGUUAUAUGGGACAAUUGUUCUGUAGAAUUAAAAAAUGAUAUAGAUGCCGUUCAAACCGAGGCUGCGAGGAUCGUUACUGGUGCGACCAAACUAUGCAAUAUUCAAACGAUGCUGUCUGAGCUUCGGUGGGAUACCCUUCCAAUAAGGCCCGACGAGCACGCUGCCCUCACUGUGACUCAGUUUACAUUCGGUAAAGAUGAUGUUGGCCAAUGUAUACGGUAUAUUGUGGUAGAUCUAAAACCGUUCAAGGAGGCAUUCUUUCAUAAGAAAGUACUUGCUAAGGACAUUAAGCAAUACGCCGAUGACAGUAACCCAAGAUGUGUCGUGAGGUUCCUCCGAAAAUACUUAAUAAUAUCCUUCGUUCCUAAAGAUGGUCCGUUCUAUCGGCGACCGUUGGCAACUAAAACGGCUGACGGGGGACCAAAAUACUCCGCACAGAAGGUUGGUGUCCAUACCAUACAGAAAUUCAUGUCGAGAAUGUGCGAAAGGGCAGGGAUUCGGGGUUUCAAGACUGGACACUCUGCAUCUAAAAGCGAUGGAAAGGCGAGGAAAGACGAGGAAAGGCGAGGAAAAGCGAGGAAGGGUAUAAGUUUUUCUUCAAUGAAACAGCCUCCUCUAAUCAAACAACUGAAAGGAAUCCUUUCCGAAUAUCCCGACGGAGGGCAAAUUUUGAAGGAGCUGAUUCAAAAUGCGGAGGACGCAGAAGCACGUGAAGUCAAGAUAGUGUAUGACAGGAGAAAGAUAAAUGAGCAGACGAGUGGGAAUAAUUUAAAGUAUACAAAGUUCUUCCGGGGUCCGGCUUUGUGUAUCUACAAUGAUGCUGUCUUCUCGGACACAGAUUGGGAAGGUAUACGGAUGAUAUAUAGCAGCGUGAAAGAAGAAGAUCCGCUCAAAGUUGGAAGGUUUGGACUCGGAUUCAAGUCGGUCUUUCAUAUGACAGACUAUCCAUGCAUACUUAGUGGUACAAAAGUCUUACUGAUAGACCCUACACAGCCUUCAGAUAUGGUUAACGCUAUGAUUGAACUUAAUGAAGUAGAACAUCUUGCAAAGUGUGGCUUAGGAGCUGCCGAGUUUUGGAAAGCAUUUAAAGGCACAUUUGAUUUUACUAAAGAGGUUGUUAAACGGGGUCACUACAAAGGGACCAUCAUGCGCUUUCCACUCCGUGACAAACAAUCUGUCCUUUCAGAUACGUUGUAUGAUGAGGAGAAAGUCAUGGCUCUUUUUGAAUGUUUUCAAGCAGAAUCUUCAAGUAUACUUAUUUUCCUUAAAAGUCUUGAACACGUUUCUCUUAGCAUCCGUGAUAUUAAAAAUUCAUUGACUGAAAUAAUGACAGUUAAAAUAAAAAACCAAAGUAGUCAAAGCAAAGAACAUAUGAUCAGGUUUAGGGAAGCAAUAAAAACAGCAAGUUUAGCUACCUACAAAAAAGAUGUGAAAUGCGAACUUAAUAUGACUGUCGAUGUCAUUGUAGAAGGAAAACACACCUGUACCGAGUGGCUAGUCAUAAAUUACUUUGUGGCCGAAAAUGUGUCACCAGAGUUCAAUAGGUUGAUUGGAGAUAGAAAUUUAGGAUAUAGUCCUACUGUUGGUGUUGCCCAACCGUUGUAUCAUGACUCAGUUACAUUUGAAGGGCAUGUUUUCUGUUUUUUACCCUUACCAAGAGAAGGCACUAGGCUUACCGGACUUCCUGUACAUGUAAACGGUUAUUUUGCUCUCAGUCAAAAUCGACAUCAUCUGAAAUGGGAAACGGAUGAACAACAUGGGAGAAAAAUCGAUGAUAAGGCCAUUCUGUGGAAUAAGUGUCUUAUUUCUGAAGCACUUCCACGUGCAUACGAAGCUCUUAUACUAGCCGUAAUCAAAAGGUCAGAUAUAAAUAGAAAUACUCCAGCUUCUGUUGCGACUGUUUACAAGUGUAUGCCUGACUGCAUGAAAACCGAAAGAAGAUGGAGUGUCUUAGAAAAUACAUUAUACCAGAGGUUGAGUCGCAGGAAGUGUGUCUAUCAUGGCGAUACAGAUAACUGGAUUUCAUUUAAUGACGCAUGUUUUGCAACAUUUAUCGACACCACUGUUGCGCCAAAUGUCCAAAAAUCUGUUAUCAAGUGUUUGAAUGCUAUUGGAAGCAAAUACGUGGAUAUCCCAGUCCCAGUUUUUCAGACGCUCAAACGACAAUUUGCUUUUAUUCAAGAUUUGUCGCCAGCUUCUUUGGUUCAAAGUUUACGUCAGAGCUCUGGAUACAAGUCCAUGUCAAGCAGACACAAAGCAGGCAUUUUAACAUACCUGUUUUCAAACGAGACAAACUACAAAGAAGUAAAUGGACUAGAUCUACUUCCGUUACAUUCUGAGAGAUGGUCGACCUACGAUUCCAAGGCAGAUAAAGUCUUUAUAUGUCCGUUAGAUCAAAUAAAGAUACUUCCAUAUCAUGAUGAGAAACUGGUUUUGCAAGAUCCAGUGCUUGGAGAAUCACUAACUCGCCAUCUAACACAUAUUGCAAAACAAGGUUUAUAUCAGUUACGAAUGAUGGACACAGAGACCUUAAAAAGGUUCUUACAGGAGACUGUUACAAAAUAUAAAAGUAAAACGCCGCCGAAAUUAUUAUCUUGGUUAAAGGCCGUCUGGCGAUAUAUCACGACAGAACAUUCCUUAAAACGCUUCAAAGAUGUUAGUAUACUACCGUUACUGACGAAAGGGACAUGGAAGGAGCCAAAAGCAGUAGAACUGCUGAAGCUUUCUGAUCUCCUGCUUGUACAAUUGAAUGGGAAAGAUGAAUUAUCAGAUGAGAUAUGUAGGUGUUUCCAAGCAAUGGGUGUGACGAUAAUAAAAAGUUUUCCCAAAUGGAUCCCGAAGGACGUCGUGAAAGCUCACGUAUUCUGGCCAACAACAAAAAGUGUUGUUUCUCUACUGUCUGCAAUUUCGUCAGAUGACACUCCGGAGAAUGUCAUUUCUAAAUUUAAUGAAACAUGCGAAUGGAAAGACAAACAAAUAUUGCUUUCCUAUGUCACAGAGGUUUCCAGUGUUUUGACUCACGAAGCCGUUCAAUUGAUCAAGGAACUGCAUAUAUUCAAAGCAAUCAGAUUCAGAAAAGACAUAGGACACGAGGCAUCUGUAUCGCAAACCAAACUACAUAUAUACGAAACUGAAGAUUUUCCAGAUCAGAUAUUGUAUCCAUUCGCAUACCUUUCUGCAGACAAAAGUAAGGAAAAUCUCCUUACAAAGCUGGGUUCACAACGAGUGGCUCUCUCUUCGUUAGUCAUGGAGACGGUCAAACGUUUUAAGAUUGAACACAAAAGCAGUGAUAUUCCAACAUUUAUGACAUACUUUAUGGAAAAUUUCCACAGAUUUGAAGCAGAAAAGGAGAUCGUUGAAUGCGCUUCUGAAAUAUCGUUUGUAAAAGCAGGAUCAAAGUUACACAAGCCUUUUGAUCUUUUUGAUCCAUCCGACCCUUGUCUUCAGAACUUGCUGCAAGGUGAGCAUCUUUUGCCGGACUCAAUUGACGGGGCUGAUAGCAAAAUAAUUUACUGUUUGAGAAGACUCGGCUUAAAAGGUGUACAAGAUAUUGACGCAAACAUUGCCCUGCAGAUUGCUCAAUCACUUGAUAAAAUAUGUCAUGGGAAAAAAAUGAAGAUAAACAUUACGAGUAAAGCAUUUGAGCUAAUGAAUCUAUUUAAAUGUAGACCCAAACUAUUAGAGAAUAAAUGCUCAACCGGUAGUACACUUGGUGACUCAUUGAAGGACUUGCAUUUCAUGAUUGUACAAGCUAGUAGGAAACAACAUUACCCGGAAUGUGUUGAGUGGUGUUCUUAUUCAAACCUGCUGUGCAAACCAUCGGAAGCUAAAGAUGUCAGCCUUUGUUUUCUAGUUGGGGCAAUUAUGCCAACCGUUGCGUGUCCUGCUGACGAACUUAGCAAAUUCUUUGGUUUAAAGACAUUACCUAGGGUAACUGAUGUCAUACGACAGCUAGAAGUUGUAAAAGCUUCAUUUUCUGUCGACAGUUGUUCAGAUAUAAAGCCAAUGUUAAAACAAAUAUACACUUUUCUUGAUACCAGAAAAGAAGAAUUAAAGACAAACAUGCAAUUUCUUGAAAACAAGGCAGUAAUCUGGACAAGGGGUGGUUUUGUAACUGCCGAAAAAGUAACGGUUAAACGCAGUUAUGAGGAUAUAAAUCUUCAGCCAUAUUCUUACGCAUUGCCAGAAGAGUUUGAAAAGAAAGAAAGUCUUUUUGUCCUUUUUGGAUGUAGAUAUUUACAAGAUGUUCAAGUCUUACUAGACACGCUGCAUAUGAUAGAUAUCACUCAUCGCCAAGUACAAAGGAUAGAAGACGUGAAAAGAGAUAAAACUACUACGCGUAAUAUACUUGAAAGAUUAGCUACAUUAGCUGAACAAGAAGACUUCCGUUUGGAAGACUUAGAGACUGGCGUUUUAAUGAUGGUGAAAGAUUCAAAACUCAGAUUAAAACUUGUACCAGUUGAAGAGUGUGUAUAUGAUGACGAUCCAGGAUAUUUUUAUGAAGAAGAUGAUAAUGUGCAUUUUGUACAUGAAAUGGUGUCCCAAAAGACAGCUCAAUUAUUGGGAGUUGAGUCUCUUUCAAGAAAGGUUUUACUAAAUGCCGAGGAGAUUGGUGUAGAAGACUGGGGACAAAACGAAAGACUUACAACUAGAAUAAAAUCCUUAUUGGAUGAGGGUUACACCGAUGGUGUUUCAGUUCCAAAAGAAUUGAUUCAGAACGCCGACGACGCAGGUGCUACUACUGUAAAAUUUUUGUACGAUGAAAGACACAAUAUGAAAGCAAGAAAACGUGUUUUUAGCAAAGAAAUGAAAAACUUCCAAGGUCCAGCGUUAUGGAUUUAUAACAAUGCUUUAUUCACAGAGGAGGAUUUACAAAACAUUACCAAGAUGAAUGAGGCAACAAAACAAAAAGAUGUCAGAAAGAUAGGAAAGUUUGGUCUUGGAUUUAAUUCUGUCUAUAAUUUGACAGAUGUACCUAGUCUCAUUUCCGGAAAAAACAUAGUGUUUUUUGACCCACAUGAGAAGUAUUUCACUCAAAUACUUGGGAGGAAGAGUAAAGGUCUGAAGUAUCAACUUUCGAAUAAGACGUUGGUUUCUAGAUACAUGGAUCAGUUUAAGCCCUAUAAUGGCAUUUUUGGAUGUGAAUUAGCCGACGACAUAUUUUCAAAUUUCAGUGGUACAUUGUUCAGACUUCCUCUUCGCACUGAACAACAAGCAAGCGAGAGCGAAAUAUCAACCAAAGCCUAUACAAAACGUGAAAUGCAAACACUUUUAGAAAUGUUCAUGAACGCUGCUGGUAAUUUUCUCUUGUUUUUACAAAAUGUUAAAUCAAUUGAAAUAUGCCAUCUUCCAGCCAAUGCUAGAAACGCAUCAGAGCAUAAAUUAUUAUACAAGUUAAGAAAAGAUUCACUUAAAUUAGAAAAUGGAGUACAUGUACCUAUCACUGAAUCUGUCUUAUCAAGAAUACAAGACAUUGUGAAAAACAAUACAGGGCUUGUGGAGAUUCAUCAAUCUGUAUUCUAUCAGGAGGUAUCAGGUUAUGCAAAGCAAAUGAUGCGCGGAGUUUGUAAAAUGUCGAAAAGUUCAAAAACGACGUGGAUAACGGCUUGGGCAACAGGUAAUGAAAAUUCGUUAAAGCAACAUGAAGACUCUCUUCUUCAGACGUCCGUGCCACUUUCAGCAGUUGCAGUCCCACUCGAUAAAGAUGAUGAUGAUGUACAUUCAUUAGAAUUAAAACACGCCCCUUUAGGUUUUUACAGAGAAGGUCAUGUUUUUUGUUUUCUUCCUUUACCCCUGAAAACAAAGCUACCAGUACACAUAAAUGGAUGUUUUGCAGUAACUUCGUCAAGGAGACAACUUGCAUCACUCACCGAGGAUGACAAAUAUAGUAAAGAUAAUGCGUGGAACAUUUCUUUAAUGGAAGACGCUUUGGUUAUUGCACAGGUGAACCUUCUGGAAGCUAUCGUUGAAAUCAACUUGACACAAAAUGCAAAUUAUAAAUACUAUGAUUUGUGGCCUCAACAGUGUGAACCAAUUGUUCGACCAUUUAUGGAAUCCUUCUACAGACACAUUAUAGUCAGUAAUGCAGCUGUAUUUAAAGGUAGUAAAUCAUGGAUUAGAUUUCGAGAUGUAACAUUCCUUGAUCCAAGAAUUAGUCAAAGUACAAUCGGGCAAAUAGCAUUUACAUUCCUGGAUCAGUAUCCUGCAAGAGAUGGUAAAACUCUAAUAGAUAUGCCUAAACGUAUCCUUGAUUUACUAAUCAGUAGCAACCAGGCAAAUAAAAGUAUCAUUGAAGAGGCAGUCAUCAAUGAAUGUGAAUUAUUUUCGCAUUUCUUAAGCAAAAUCCAUUUUCCUUUCUGGGACAUACGUCUGCUUGAGAGGAAUACAAUGAUUAUCGCAGCGCUAAAAACAAAGAACGACACUGUAAGACGCCUCGUGCAAGACACGGAAUGCAUUCCAACUACUCCAAAUAACAGAUUAUCAAAAGCGUCGGAUUUGGUUCAUCCCACCUCAUCACUUGCUCGUCUUUUUGAAAAGAAUGAAGAAAGAUUUCCAUUGGAUGAGAAGGAUUUUGUUGACGCGAGCAUCUUACAAAUACUAGUCUCACUUGGUAUGAAUGAAGAUUCUUUGCCGGCAGAUCUUGUACUGAAUAGAUGUGAUUCGAUUCAUGGGUUAGCUUUAAAGUGCUGUUGUUGUGCACUUGACAGGAGCAUACACGUUUUAAAGUACAUGUGCAAAGAUCAUGUCAUUGACAUUCUAAACGAAGAUAAGCAUUUGUCUGAAAGGAUAAAGAAUUCAUUUAUGCUUCCAGUUUUGCAAAAACCUGAAUGUUGGCCUUUUUCUUGGAGAGCAAGUGGGAAAAGUACCCGUCUUAAACGUUUCAAUGGAAACAAUGCCAGUUGUUCCCAAAAGGCGCAUCGUGAAACGAGGAUAAGUCUUGUACUUGGAAAUCCCAAGGACUUAUUAAGAGAAAGGGUAAAGUAUUAUAUUGGCAGUGUCAGCUUAGUUUUAGAUGAAACUGUUUUAAAUACUGACAUGAACAGAUUUGCUAAAUUGUGCCUGAUAAUGGGCAUAAAGGAUAGAGAUGAACUUCCGCUUAAGAUGGUGGUCGAUCAGCUCCAGAAAAUGUCCAAAGAAUUCAAAAACAAAACCUCUCAUUUAAAAGAGGUAACCAAGAUUCACGGAAUGAUAUUCAGGUAUUUAAACAAUGUUAUUGAGUUAAAUGCCAGUGAAAGCCAUUUACAUGAUUUGGACAGUUUACGAUCAUUUGCAGUCAUACUGAUAGGAAGUACAUUUGUUCAAGCUUCAAACAUUGCAUUUGAUGUCAAAGAGGAAUGUAGACCACAUCUGUACCGAUUACCUGAACAAGAGCAAUUAAUGAGGAAACCCCUUUACAAAUAUCUAGGCGUGAAAGAACGUUUCAGCAUGGAAACUAUCAUUGACGUGAUGGAUACAUUGUGCCAUAAAGGCAAAAAAGCCUCCAACAUCGAAGCUGUGAAACAUUUGCUUAUUAACCUUCUUGAUAUCAUGGAAAUGGAAGGAACUGAGUAUAACGCUAUUGCUCAGUGGCAUGAUAGAAUAGUUGCUCCAGAUGUUCAUUGUGUUUGCUGGCCGACAAACGAACUAAUUUGUGAAAAUAAAGAUUUUGAAACAAGCACUUCAAUGAAAAUAAUGCACCCAUCUAUUGCACCACAAAUUGGAAUGGCUUUAGGAGUUAAAGCUAAACAGUUGCGAUGCUUUGAAGAAAUUUCUAUUGGAAUAUCAUUCGGUCAACAAGAACGUCUAGUUACAAGAAUCAAAGGUCUUUUGAAGGCAUAUCCACGUGACGCUAGCAUAAUGAAGGAGCUGUUGCAAAAUGCUGACGAUGCUGGAGCAACAGAAAUACAUUUUAUAAAGGACUACCGAAAUCACUCCACUAAAAGAAUAUUCCAAAAAUCAUCUGAGCCACUUCAAGGACCAUCAUUAUGUGUUUUUAACAACAGUUAUUUUAGAAAGGAAGAUAUUGACGGAAUACACAAUCUUGGACAAGGAAGUAAAAGUGACGAUCCGACAAAGACGGGACAGUAUGGAGUUGGAUUUAAUGCCGUCUAUCAUUUGACUGAUACACCUUCAUUUAUAACAAAAGCUCCACAGAUUGAAAAUGGGGGUCAUCUAAUAAUUCUUGACCCUCUUUGUUCUCAUGUCCCAAAAGCAACAGUACUUGAACCGGGAAUCAUGUGUGCACUUGAUGAUGUACAUAGGUCUUUCAGUGAUCAUUUGCUAGGCUUUUCGAUCAAUGAAUUGAUUCAAGGGGAUUUGGGCACAGUAUUUCGGUUUCCGUUAAGAUCACAACCAUCCGACAUAAGUAAAGAAACGGUGGAUACUAAGAAAAUGGAUGACCUACUUAACACAUUUGAGAGUGAUAUGUUAGAAUUGGUACUCUUCCUGAAAAAUAUUACCUGUAUAAAGAUACUAAAUAUAACUUCUGGGUUCUUGAGAGAAGAAUAUUCGAUUAAUGUGCAAUUGCCUUCGAAAGGAAAGAAAGAAAGAGCCUCUUUUAUUGCACAUGUGAAAUCAAAAAAGAACAAAUCUAACAAAGAAAAACAUUUGGAUAUAAAUCCAGUUGAAUCCAUUUACCAUAUGAAGGUGGCGGAUAGUAAAGGAACGUGCACAAACUGGAUUAUUGUACAACGCUUUGGAAUAGAUAAAAGUGCUUGUUCUGAAAAUAUGGAGAUAAUUAAAGAUAGAUUUAAGUGCGGUGAUUUAGGUCUUCUUCCUGUCGGAGGAGUGGCAUUUCCCAUGAACAAAUAUUUAUUAACGAAGAAAUUUAAAACGAAAGAAUUCUUGUCACACUCUGCAGAUGUUGGUAUUCUCGGGCUGGCCGCUACGCCUAGCAGUCAGCGUGUUUUACACGAAGUCAAGACGUUCAAAGGCAAGGCUUUCUGCUUUUUACCACUACCAAUUGAAACAGGAUUACCUGUUCACGUUAACGGCCAUUUUGCCCUUGAUCACGAAGCAAGAAGAGAACUUUGGAAGGAGGGUUAUAGACAUAUAUGGAACUGUUGCGUUUCAGAAGCUAUUAUUGUACCGGCCUGGAUAUCUGGGUUACGUUACAUAUGCGAAUUGAUCCAGUCUGCUAUAGAGAAAUCAACAUCUCCAGAAAUGGUUAAUGCUGUACUAAGCAACUACCACUACUACUUCCCUAUGCAAGACUGCAAUCUUGUGCUGACAUGGGAGAAUGUUGCAAAGAAGUUUUACAACCAUUUAGUUGAUAAAAGGGUAGAGUUAUUUCCUUACGUAUUUGACAGAAAAAAUGAAAUAGCGCCCCCUGAUGGUAUCUUUAAUAGUUAUUCAGGUAGAUUUCAUGCGUUAUUUACAUUUGUUGAAAAUGAAACGGAACAAUUCCGUCAUGGAAUUUUCAACAGUAUUGAAGGUCAUAUAAGUACGAGUUAUCUGCCAGAUGUUUGGUUAAAAAGGGAAGCUGAUUGUCUUAAACAGCUUCUGAUGUCAUUCGGAAUGAAGUUGUUAUCUACACCAGAUAGCAUUAGAGAGGCAAUGACAGCUGCAGGUAUUGAAAAUAUUCCAGCUUCAUCUCCAUUUCUCGUAAUAUCUUUCUUGAAGUCCUAUAAUUAUAAAUGUGGCCGUCAUUGCAAUGUAGGAACAAUAAACAAAGUAAUAGGAGAAACAAAGUACAAAACAUCUGUCAACCUGUAUACAGUGAUCAAGUACAUUAUCAGUGAUCAGAGUUUCUUCGAAAAGUUAGAAGGACUUCCAAUACUGCUAACUGCGGAUGGCAUACUCAAACGGUGUUCGAAAGAAGAACCUGCAUUUUUAACAGAGUAUUCCCCACUUCUUCCAAGAUCUGAGCAUGACUUUGUACAUGAAGAUAUUCGUAUGGCAUUUGUAGACGAAAGAUUAUUUCUGUCUGGCUGUUUUAAACGCUUCUUGUUCGACGAUUUCUUAAGGCUGUUACCACAUUCCUUUGAUAUCGACGCAGUUGCGAGAACUAAUCGUAUAACUGUCCAAGACAGUGGCUAUGAUCAAGGUGCUAUUUCUAGCGAAUGGCUUUGCAUGUUUUAUGACUUCCUUUGUACACGUUCCUGUCAUGGUGUUUCCGGAGAUAAUAGUACAUUACAACACGAAACCGGAACAGACGUGCUGCCAUGUGUUAUGUCGAGACCUGAUUUAGAUACAAAAAAAGUUAAAGAACAUCUACAGGCAUUAAAAGAUUGGUGUUUUUUGCCUUGUUUACAGUCGGACACACAACGUUGUCUUAUUCCAUUACGCGAGGUUUCUAGUUUGCUGUAUCUGGAUGAUACUCAAAGGCAGGACACAUUAGGUAAAGCCCUCGAAACCCUAGGAUUACCUACGUUAGAUAUGCAGGCAUUUAGCAAAUGUAAAAUGAAAGAAGAUGUAGAAUUUACCAUGGUAAAGUUUGUAGCUUCACCUGCUAGACCAUUUGAAUUGCUACAGUGUCUAGCAUAUCAUCGGAAUUCAAUUACCUCUUUGAAAAAUGAAACCGGCAAUUCAAUAUUAGCAUUUUUGGGACGAAAUCUCACAGCUCUAACUUGUCAGUCUGACCAAAUAGCGCUGAAACAGGCUUUACGGAAUUUACCCCUGUUUCUUACACAGGAUGGGAGGUUGACAGACAUAUCUGUAAACUGUGAAAUAUUUGUUCUACCAAAAGGAAUGCCCGCGGACGGGAUACAAAUUUGGGCACAUGAAUGUGAAACUACUUUACUGCGGAAACAUGAUGCUCUUGAAUCACUUCAUCAUUUCUUAGGGCUGCAGAACACAGAGAUUGGUCAUGUAUAUGCUACAAAAAUUUUACCAAAGUUCAAUGCACUUCCAAAGCAAAAUUGGUUGUGUCACAUUAAGUAUAUAAGGAACAGACUAAAGCACUUUACAGGGGAGAUUCAAGAAAAGAUAAUACUUGAAUUAAAACAAGUUGCAUUCAUUAACAUUAACGAUGCAAUGAGAAGGGCUGAUGAAUUGUAUGAUCCAAGCAGUCAAGUUUUAAAACACAUGAAAGGCCGUAAGGACUUUCCUCCAAAAAAGUUUAUGAAAAAAGAAUGGUAUAUCUUUCUAAAGAAACUCGGGAUGGUCACAGAUGUUAAUGAUGAUAUGUUGAUUGAGUUUGCUCAUCAAAUAGAAACGGAUGCAACAAACCACCAGACAGAGGCUGUGCGUAAAAGGUCGAGAAUACUUUUUGAUAGAUUUGUUCAAAACAAUGGUACAGAAUGGAACACUCAGACAUUACACCAAAUUCGUAUGGUUCGAUUUAUCGAACCAGUUACUUUGAGCGGCGAGGAAGAACUUCAGAUCUGUCAGCAGUUUGACAAAGCAGGACGAUUUAUUUGCUUUCAGGAUGCAGUUCCGUGCAUACAUUGGAAAUUAUGCUGGACAAGUCUAAACCUACUACCGCAAAAUGUUUCCCAACUUCAUGACAACGUUAGACAAGAGUUAAAAGUGCAUGAAAUCCCACCUAUUGAAAGCGUAAUACUUCAUUGCCAGAACGUAGUAGACUCUUUAAAAGAGAAAAUAAACUUGAAAAGUGUCAGCGUUGAGUUUGUGAAGCAGCAAAUGACUAUAUUUUAUGAUUUUAUUUCGGAUAAACGCUCGUCUGUGUCCGACUCUAUGGUGAAAAAACGCUUAGAGCACAAACCUUUCGUGCAUUUGCCAAACGACAGUAAGAUGGUUAGAGCAUGUGAUGUCAUCAUUGACCUUGACCCGUCAUUGGAGAUCAAGCCUUACUUAUAUAGAGCCCCGAAAUACUACGGAAAAUACCACGAUCUAUUUGAGUUCCUAGGAAGCAAAACAAAAAUACUGUUUUAUCAUUAUGCUGCCAUUCUGGAUACCUUGAAAACAAAAUGCAAAGAUGAUCAAAUGCAUCCAACUGAAAAAAGUAUUGCCCAACGCGCUGUCAGCGGAUUGGUCAACAUCGAUGCUGAAUCUGACGAAAGUCUGCAGACUGUGAAAUCUGUGUAUUUACCAAAUGUAGAUCUACUGCUAGUUGACUCAAAAAAUAUUGUUAUUUCAAACAACCAGUGGUAUGAACAAAGACUACAAGGAAAUAUUAAGCUUGAUAUAUUUGCAGGCAACCCAUUCCUCGAUCUAAAAGAAAAUUGCAAUUUCGAAGAGAUGUUUUCAAAGUGGCCCGCAAAUUUAAAGCCCAAAUUUCUUACUGAUAUUGUCUCGGAAAAAUUAUACAUUGGUUUAGAAGAUGAAGAAAACGUUGAAAGCAGCGACAAGGCAAAUAUGAUUUCAUUGUUUCUACAUUCGUCUGAAUUAGCAAUUGCACUUUGUCGGCUACUAAAAUGUCAGUUUUCUACAGGCACAAAGAAAUUGAAAUACGACGCUACAUACUUCGAAGCCGAGAUUCAAAAACGCCUUCAAGGCACACGGGUUGUUGAAAUGCAAAGUCUUAGAACAGUGUUGAUAUAUUCGGGAGAGAGUGUCAGUGGUUCUGAGACCGAUAUACCUUAUUACAUAAAAAGUGGUAUCGACGACUGCAUAUUUUACUUUAAAGACAUUAGUCGUGAUGAAACGGAUAACGUCAGUUUUAUAUUGCCUGGUUUGAUUGAACUAAUACAGGAGUGUGCCGUUGGACUUGGUACUAGAUAUAUUGGGCAUUUGACGUCACUUUUGUCUACAAUCAAGGAUCCGAAGAAAAUCCCUUCAAUGUUAGAUCACUUAAACGUGCAGUCAUAUGAUCACAUUUUCUCACCUAGGAAAGAAUACUUUCCUAGACCUGGCACAUAUUUGGAAAAAAAGUUCUAUCCAUUUUUAGAGCAAAGCAUAUUUCCUUUCAACGACUACGAGUUCAAUAAUGUUGCUAUGGAACUUGAUGACAUUGAAACAAAUGACCAAUUAAACGAAGGCCCAGUUUACAUUUAUGUGAGAAUAGUAAAAGAAUUAAAUGUUGCAGGCAUAUCUUGUGAUUUAAGACGCAUAUAUAUAGUUAACACCGGAAAUCAUGACUUGUCGUCGGAGCGAGUGCCUAUUUACCGCUUAUAUAGAUUCGUGCGAAAAGAAAACGAGUCUGGAAAUGAAUUGCAAACGUAUGAUAUUGAACCUACCCAUUCAAGAACAUUCGACGCGAAUUGCCUCAGGAUUAAGCGAGAUUUGGAAGAGGCAUGGGCGCUACCUGAAAUCGACCGGAAACGAAUAUUGCGUCGCUUGCUUCUGAAAUGGCAUCCGGAUAAGAACCGUGGAGAUGAAGAAUACUGUAGAAAAAUGUUUUUAUUCAUCAAGAUUGUGACAAGUCGACUAGAAAAUGAAGAAAGUAUUACGGAAAAUGUCAACCAAGAGAUGAGGAAAGGUCGGUCAAAUGUUUCAUCUUCGUCCUCGACCUUCUACGAGACAAUUAACAGAAGAGCAAAAGUAUAUGCUCGUUCCUUCUAUGACGACUACGAGGACUACAAUAGAUCGGAAAGAACGGGGCGAUACUCACACUCCACUGCUACGAAGGCUAAACAUCCUGACCAUGUUGAGGCGAAACGAUGGUUGAGACAAGCACAGAAUGAUGUACGUGCUGCGGAGGCCAUGUUGACUGCGGUAGAUAGUGUUGAUGGCCAUAAUUGGAUAUGCUAUACAAGCCAUCAGGCAUGCGAAAAGGCACUUAAAUCUGCACGAUAUUCGCAGGAUGCAAAUGAUGUACCAAAAGGAGGCCGUAGUCACAACCUUACUUCAUUAACAUCAGAUCCCGAGAUGAAAGAGCAGGCACGUAUGAUUGAGGAGAGACUGGGAAGUCAUGCAAGAUUGAGAUAUCCCGACGCAUUAUCGAGACCAAAGAUACCGUCGGACAUUUUCAAUAAAGAGGAUGCUGAAUUUAGUAUCAAAAUUGCAAGGAGGAUAGUGGCAAUGGUGGAGGAUUUCAUAUCAUAAUUUAGACGACAUCACGUCACUGAUAUGUUCUACAAACUGUUUAAUAGUUAAAUUGAUUCAAACAAUUUUUCUAUACAGAGCUUUGUUCACAGUACAACCAGCGAGGUUUUUUUUUUUUGUUUGUUUUUUUUUUUUGUUGUUUUGUGUGUGUGUGUGUGUGUGUUUUUGUUUGUUUUUGUUUUGGUUUGUUUGUCUAUAAACAAUGCCGAUACACAUUUUAUUUAUUCUCUAUUUGAGUUCGGUUUAUUAGUAAACGAUAUAAUAUGAAAGCAUUUGCAGUAAACUGUUGAUGAAUUAUUCUAGAUAUGACUGCGUGCAUGUUUUGACUUGUACAUAUUGUUAUAGAACUGAAUUUAUUAUUGAUUUUAUUUGUCUUAAUAUUGCAUAACUUCGUCAUUUUAUUUUGUUUUACCAGCGCAAGUAUUUAGUUUCGCAAAGUUUGUUCCCUUAAAUGUUUGUACAUAGAGAAUGUAUUUUAAUGAUAUCCGUAAUUUGUAUUAACAUAAAUGUUGCCGUGUCUAUUUCUCUGUACAGGUGUUUGAAUGAUAUUUCUUCCUCCUUCCGUUAUUUGAUUAUUUAGUUUGUCAAAGUGAUUCAUACAUACCAUGUUGCCUGCAUAAAUAUCAGUUUCAUAGCUACAAGGAAGUCAGAUAUCAAAUAACAGUUGUGGAAGAAUAGAAACAUACUUGUUUUAAAUUGUAAAGUUGAUGUAUAGUGUCCUUUUUGUAAAUAAAUUGCAACUGUUGAAAUAUGUAUAAAUGUUAUGAAAUAUUUUUUUUUCAAUGAAAUAAGGCAUCAAUUGAUUGUCCAAAAUUGAAGAAAAAGUUACUUGUUUUUAAUAUGACUUUUUUCAGUUUGUGCUUUGGCCAAUUCUUAUGUAUCAGUUUAUUUUCCAUUUAAAUAAUGCCUUUAGGUAGACAUGUACUUGUUUUCGAAAUCAGUCUUAUGUAUAAUGUGCGUUUCACAAGCUUCACUCUUUGUAAUUAGAAGUUGAGAUUGGUGUAACACAGUGAUUUCAUUAUAAAAUGUUUGCAUGUUCCAUAGGUAUGUCCAUGCACUUGUAUGAUUGUUGGAAAUGAACCUGCAUACUUUUACAGUAAGAUUUCGACCCGAAGAAAUUGUUAGAACAAACAGCAUGUUUUAUCUCAUGUACGAUUACUGUUUAUAUAUCUACAAAAAUAGCAAUAUGAUUUGAACACAACCAUUUGGUAUAAUUGUAUACCAUCUUACAUUUGUAUAAUUUUGCUGAUGAAGUAACAUUGAUAUUGUCUGGUAUCAAAUGUCGUCACUUUUUGUUCGAGUAUCGCAAUGUUCGGCAAAACUUAGAACCGUGAGGUUUCGCUGUUGUUAUGAGUCAAACGAAGUCCUGAGUGAGGUAGGAUACUAUUCAAUGUAGUUUUUAAUGUUUACUUGUACAUGCCCCACUCCCCACCCCCAUUUUAAUGCCAUAUGUAAUUAGUUAACGUAUCACCCUUUGUACUGAGCUAUUUACCAAUUACAGACCGUAUAUGUACUUGCGGUAACAUUUUCUUUGUAUUUGUAUAUAUCAGAUAUGUGAAAACCACAAAAUAUAUAUUCUUAUAACCUAUAUGCAUAUGAUUUGUCAUCAGUGUAUGCGUAAAAAAUGUCAUCCGCUGGAAUGUUCAUCCACAUAAGUUGUUAGCAAGUUCCAUGUGUGUGCGGCGGCCUUAAAGUGUGCCGCAGCCUGUACGUGUGCCACGGCGUGAUAAUUGAUUUUUCUAUUUUCCUUUCAUUGACGUAACAAUCGUCUCUGGUGUUGCUAUUCUGGCUUAAAGGAUAUAUAAGUGUCGUAUUCAAUAAUAGAUAUACAUGUGUAAAGUAUUGUGCAAUGUUAUUAACCGCUAUACAGAUGUUGUUGUCAAGUUUUUAAUAUUUCACUAUUUGCAAAUGAUAUGAUUUUCAUUUUACACUUGUAUAUUUCAAAUGAGUUUGUAACUAGACAACUAUACACGACUCUGCUGUUUAGAUUUUUCUAGUACAUUGAAUAUGUCAGUAAUUAAGAGAUAUUUUAAAUCAUACUUUAAAAGAUUUAAAGUGCACUCAAUAAAGUAAAUAGUAUAUAAGAUGUAUAUAAUUUUUACAAAAUGCGUUUCAUAAAAUUGAAAGUGUAUAAUUAUGUAGUUCUUGAGUUACUCAGUGGAAACUGUUUUCAGGCUCUAGAUCAUGACCUUUAAUUUACUGACCUAUAAAAUAUCAUGAGUCAUUUAUUGAUCCCAGGAAGUUUGAAUGUAGCACCUGUCAAAAGAUUCCUCGGUUAUUGAGCAGAUACCAUUUUCGGAAUCAAGGUCAGUGUGACUUUGACUUUUGAGUUACCUGCCCCCUAAACAACUAAGGAAUCAGGUAAUCAGAAAAUAAUGUUCGGUGAAUGUAGGCCAAAACGUUAUCUUUGCAAAUGUGUGGAAACAGACUUAAUGACCCUUAAACAAUUAAGUUCGACUUGUGUGGUUUUGCGCACUCUCUAGUUAAUUUAUUAAUCGGACAUUAAAAGGUCAUCCGUCCUUACGGACAUACAUAUCAACAGUCAAUGAGCCAAACAAUAUACUCUCUCUUCUUAGAAGGAGGAGUAGUGGUAUAACUACAGUCAUACUUAUCAACUAUUCAUGGCCUUUGCGUUGUAUAUUUUUCUGAUUUACAACAAUCUUUAAAAAAUGGUGAUAAAGUUUGGAUUGUACAAAAAUACUUGAUAUAUUUGCCUUAUUUUUAUAUUGUGUGUAUAUCCCUUUGAAUUACAUUUGCUCUGUGCCUUCAUGAUAUGUUUAGUUAAUUUAUAUAAAAACCAGUAUUUUGUUAUAUCGAGAAAGAGUUCAAUUGUAUUAUAAACAUGUUGUUGCAUUAUAGGUUAGUUUUAUGCUAGCAAACACUAGUCCUGACAUUGAGUCAUUAAAAUGUGUUACGGUAUUGAUACACAAGGAUAUGUCUUGUAUAGUUCAGACAUACAUGUUUCAAUUUGUAAAUAUACCAAUAUGAUUGAUAUUGGUUUGAUACGGAUGUUUGUCUUAAAUUAUUUUAAAACUGUUUUAUAACUGUGUUUUCAAAUGCUAUAGCAAAUUGUAUUGCCGCGUUUUUCGUUCCAAGAAUAAGUAUUGCUGACAUUUUACAUAAUUCAGUUUUAUAUAUCAUAUCAGCAACGGUUAUCAUAUACAGAUAUAACUUUGAUGUCAUGUUCUAUAAACCAUUGUGUCUGCUAUUCUAAACAACAUUAUUCUAUUAUUUUGUGAUGCAAUUGUAUUCUGUUCAUAAAAUAGUAAUGUCGUUGUUUUGCAACAUUAUUAUGUUUUGUAAUAUAUGAUUAUAUUGAACAUAUUCUGUGUAGGAAUAACAUUGUAAAAAUGUAUUGCUAAGCUUAAGGCAUAUUUACAUGUAUAAAAGGACCUUUCCGAUAAAGGUAACGCACAUGAUAAUAAAUUAAUGCAAGGGUGUUUGAAUACUGUACAUUUUGUAUGAUGUAACCAUAGCCACUAAGCCCACUUUACUAUGUAGACUUAUCCAUUUAAGAUGGUCAGUCACAUUUAAGCAAAAUUUUUUUGACAAUUUUCUCUUUUCAUAUGUUCUGUUAGAGAUCUAUUUAAGGAAAUAUGGACCCAUUAUAUAGCGUUAGAUCGUGUAACCAAGGUGUAUUAUAUUAUGUACUUGAUUGAAAAAGCUGAGUAUUUCCUUUGAUUUCAAUAUAAUUUCUAGUUCUACAUUUUAAUUGGGUUUGAUAGGUAUCGGGAUAUUUCACCAAUCUGAACCAAAAGCCAGGGGCAAGUUUUAAAACUAUGUUUAGCUUCCAAAUCCAUAAAUUAAUUUCCGAUCUAUCUUAAAUAAGUAAAGGAGAUCUUGGUUAAGGUAAAGGGAGGUAAUAAUAUAAUUUUAAAACUUGCAUUCACUAAUGAAUUUCAACAAAAUAUGUAGCUGUAAAUGCAAACCUUUAGGAAAUAUAAUACAAUAUGUCUUAUACUUAUAUCAUUCCUUAAAGUUAUCUUGGUCUAGCAACCACGAUAAGAAAAUCAAAUUUGAAAAGAUUCACAAGUGAAAAUCUUAGUUGUUUUAGUCGGUAAGCGAACACUGAUAAUUGCAAAUGAUAAGAUGUUAAUAUUUCAGACAAAUUUGUUACUUGACCAAACUCUGAUUAACCAUCUUUAUUAAAUAUUCCUAUAAAUUUUGCUGGAAAGGUCACUGUGAAGAUUACCACAAUUUAUGUUACAUGCUUACAGCGCGGACUUUUCGCUUUUUACACCUGUCCUAUGUAUUAUUUGUUAUGAGUUUCUAACAGCCAAUAUUCAUGAUAUUGUAUUAAAUGAUAAGUAUAUUAUGUAUAUUAUGAUGUAUGUAUUAUGAUAAAUGGUAUCUAGAAGUAAUACAUGACAUCAGCAGGGACUUACAUGUAGUUUAGCAUAUACAGUGAUAUAUGCUUAACCAUGGGCAUGAUCCCACUGAAAUGUUUGUCUCUGCUGCUUAUUAUGUCUCCAGUGACAUUGCGGAGACCAUUUCUGUUACAAGCUAUAAAAAUAGUGUUAAGUAUCACUGUGCACAGUAUCAUGUUUUAUAAAAUUUAUUGUAUGCAUAAAUUAUUUUAUAGAGAUGAUUUAAAUUGUAUUGCUAUGCAACACAACACCAUUUGCGUUGUUAUGCAACAUAAUUAUUUCUGAAUAAGUAAACAAAAAUGUCACUGUUAGUCGACAUUACUGUUUCUUAAUUAUCAUUAUGAAUGUCGUUAUUGUGCGACAUAAUUCUAACCCAUUUAUGAGACUUGAGACAAAUACUGAAUAAAAAUAUUGUUUAUCUGAA